AUGAAGUUAGACACGAGGGCAAUGCGCCAUUUGACGGCGGAGGAUUGGAGGGUGUUGACAGCAGUAGAGAUGGGCAGCAAGAACCAUGAGAUUGUGCCGACCCCUUUGAUCGAGAAGAUUGCCCGCCUCAAGGGCGGCGCCAGCGGCGUGCACAAGUCCAUCUCGGCCCUCGCCAAAGCCGGCCUGAUCGCGCGCAUGAAGGAGGCCAAGUACGACGGCUACCGGCUAAGCUACGGCGGGCUCGACUACCUCGCCUUGCACACCCACGCCGCCCGCAAGCAUGUAUACAGCGUCGGCAGCCGCAUCGGCGUCGGCAAGGAGAGCGACAUCAUGGUUGUGGCCGACGACAAGGGCACCCAAAAGGUCCUCAAAAUCCACCGCCUUGGCCGCAUCUCAUUUCGCACUGUCAAGACCAACCGCGACUACCUCAAGAACCGCCAGUCCGCCUCCUGGAUGUACCUCUCCCGGCUAGCCGCCAUCAAGGAGUUCGCCUUCAUGCAGGCCCUGCGAGAAGAGGGUUUCCCCGUCCCCGAGCCUAUCGCCCAGUCUCGGCACACGAUCGUAAUGAGCCUGAUCGACGCCUUGCCGAUGCGGCAAAUCUCAUCCGUUCCAGACCCCGCCAGCCUCUACGCCGACCUGAUCGGGCUGAUCCUGCGACUGGCCAAGCACGGCUUGAUCCACGGUGAUUUCAACGAGUUCAACAUCCUCAUUCGCGAGGACAAAGACGAGCAAGACUCGGACAACAUCAUCCUCACACCAAUCAUCAUCGACUUCCCCCAGAUGGUCUCGAUGGACCACCAAAACGCCGAAAUGUACUUUGACCGCGAUGUCGAGUGCAUCAAGCGCUUCUUCUCACGGCGCUUCCACUUUACGAGCACGACGCCAGGGCCCUUUUUCAAGGACGCCAAGAAGACGGUUGGCACGGACGGCGCGAGAAGGCUAGACGCUGCGGUGGAAGCCUCUGGGUUCACCAAGAAGAUGGCCAAGGACCUGGAGGCUGCAAUUCGGGAGCAGCAGGCUAAUUCCAAUGAUGAUGCCGACGACUCGGACGACUUGGAGGACUCCGAGGAGGAGAUUAAGAGCGGGAGCGAAGAUGAUGACCAGGAACAAGUGGUUAUCGGCGACCAAAUCCCCCUAGAGAGCGAAGAAGGUUUACAGAAACUGACAAUCAACGAUGGAACAUGA